AUGAUCAUUGUCUGGGGAGAGGUGGCUGGCUACACUGAGUCCAUGUCGCAUGCUAGUGCCUUCAUCCCCCUUAGAAGGAACCAAGUGUCGGAUCCCUACAGAAACUAUCUAGACUACAUGGAUGUCGAGGACACCUGCUGUGACUGUUACGCUAAUCACCGUGAGAAAGUUAUAUGGGAUGAUGUUGCAUUAUAUUCUGGAUGGUUGGCAUGCAGUUCGACCAUCACUGUUCGCUAUCUUCCGGAGCGCGUCAUGCGACAGCUCGGGCACUGUCAGACAAUCCCUCACCACCCUCAUGUCUGUGCUCAUAUCAGGAUGACCCGUCGGCAGAUAGAUGAGGCCUUUACAGACUUUGAGCAUCACAUGGUUCCAGACAAGGCUCAGGAGACCAAGGAAGAGGUAGACUUAGGGGUGUACAUGGGCUGGGUUGGAUUGGGUUGA